UUUCAAUACUUACAGUUUAAAAACCGGUUUUGGUUAAGUGCGCGAUAUAAGAGUAUUUUAUUAAAAACUUAGAAGGAAAAUUAGCAGAGUUGUUGAAAUAUUUGUAAGCAAAUAUGUGGCUUAAACCGCAGUCUGUAUUUUAUAUACUAUUCCUCAAAAUAGUAGUAGCUGGAGAAGUGGGUGAUAGCUGUUCUCCGAGCGAUACAAUCUCAAAGGGUUCCUGCCAAAUGGUGACUAACUGCGAGCUGGCUCUGAGGGAGAUCAGAGAGUAUGGUAACCACCAGUUCACCAGGUGUGGGUUCAGUGGUAUCACGGAGAUAGUGUGUUGCCCCAGCGCCGGCGGCAGGGUUCAGACCACCACCUCCAGAACAAGAACUACUACAGUCAAAACAGGACAAAAAUUUGGUGGUGAAACUUCAAGGAAAGCCGAUAAAGAAUGUAAGAAGUUGGUGGAGAAGAGUAUACCUCCGCUUGGAUUGCAUAUCACAGGCGGCGAGAACGUCGAGCGCGGGGAAUUCCCUCACAUGGUUGCCCUGGGUUAUGAGAACGGUGACACCUACAUAUUCCAGUGCGGCGGUUCACUGAUAUCGGAAACUUAUGUGCUGACUGCCGCUCACUGUGUGGAUACCUUGGACCAGAUAAAGCCGUCUAUAGUGCGUAUGGGCGUGCUGGACAUAACGGGCGACCGCUACUCACCGGACACGGACACGCGCGUCGCCGACAUCGUGAUACACCCGCAGUACGCGCGCAAGACCAAGUACCACGAUCUAGCGCUGUUGAGGUUGGAGAAGGGGGUGGAGUUCAGCAUGGACGUGAGUCCGGCGUGCCUGUACAGCUCCGACGCCGACCCCGCCGGACCGCUCACCGUCACCGGCUGGGGGAAGACCAGCAACAGCAGGGAUACGAAGAGCAGUCUGCUCCUCAAGGCGAACGUGACGGUGGUGUCGCGCAGCGUGUGCGGCGAGUCCUACACCAACUGGCGCAAGCUGCCAGUGGGGAUAUCCAACGAGCAGAUCUGCGCCGGAGACCCGCAGGGCAUCAGGGACACUUGCCAGGGUGACUCCGGCGGCCCUUUACAAGGACUCACGGGCACGGACGGUCUGUACCGCAUAAUCGGCAUCACGUCAUUCGGUCGCGGCUGCGGCUCGCCCGUGCCCGGCGUCUACACGCGCGUCGCACACUACCUCGACUGGAUCGAGUCGCAGGUCUGGCCGAAUUGAUGAUCGAGUUAAGAUAUCGAUUAGUGAUUUGAUUAGCAAUUGUGACCUAAUCUAGUUAUAGUAGACAUCGAUAAGUGUCUGAUAGUUGGAUUUAACAUAACCCAAUAUAUAAACUCAUUCAUCGCACUCCAAGUGACUACUGACCCUAUGGCAAUCGUGCCUCAAUCGAGUCGCAGAUAUAUUAUCAUCCAUAUCGAUAUAAUAUGUCUCGACUGGUAAUAACUGUAAUCCGAUUAAAAUUUAAUUAACCUAGCUCGAAGACAGAUAAAAACAAUAUUAGACAAUCGACACAUCGCAACCGACUUCUGAAGCAAUUGCAAAAGUGAGCUAAUCGAUUCGCAAUUUUAUACGAUAUCGAUAAGUUACGUAAGUCGUAUCGCAACUGACUACUGAUCCAAUCUUAAUAGGGAUGUUGCCUAUAAGGCUUCAGUCUCGAAACCAUCGGGCAGCGGGGCGAAAACAGCGGCGGCUGUGCGUGACAAUGUAAAGACUUAUAUGGAUAAGCCGAAUAGACUGCAUAUCC